GCUCUUCUUCCAUUCUACUCCACUUCUUGAAAUGUCUCUUCUCUUCACCUACCUCUCUUUCCUCUUCCUCUGUUUCCAUCUCCCUCAUCUUUCAUCAUGUUCUUGCUCUUCUUCCCUUAACUCAUGCAAACAAUUCAGUACUUCACCCAACAAAACUGCAUAUCCAAAAUCUUUCAAUCUCUGCUGCAAUGAAACCACAAACCAAACCAUGAUCAGAUUCAAUAAUUCUGGUCCUCUGUUCCAGUUGAAAAAUCUCUCAAUUCCACAACAUAAACUUGUUUUCUUGGAGCCUGAGCUUUCCUCCCCACUCAACAAACAAAACUGCAGUUUCAUGUACAAUUUCAUUCUGCCACUCCAAAACUUCAAUCUCUCUUUUUGUCAUAAUCUUCUCCUAGAUGAACAGCUAUUAAUCUUUGAUUGCAAUAAGUUAGAGAAUACCUUUAACCAUGAAGUCCUUCUUGAGUUUAAUGGAAGAAUUCCUUGCAAAAUCUACAACUUCUAUUUGGCCAAUAAGAAAUUAGAUAGUCAAAUAUUUCAGGCUCUUCCUUCUUACUGUAAGACCAAUAGGAGUCCUUCAUAUGAGUGGACAUUCUCAUUCAGUGAUGAUGGAGUCCUUGAUCUUCUCUCUGUUGGAUUCUCUAAUCAGUUGGAGCUAAAGCAGGAAUGCUUUAAUUGUGGAGUCAUAGGAAGUGGUUGCAGUGUUAAUGGUGGUCAUAAAACUGUUUGUCAGGAGGAUGAGAAGAAGAAGAGGAAACAGAGGAUUGAGAUUAUAAUUAUAGGUGUUAGUGCUGGAACUGGUGCAUCACUUGUAGUGUUUGGCUUCUUGUUUUGGCACAAACGUUGGAAGAGGAAUAAGAAAUCUACAAUAACUCUUGGAAGAAGCUAUUCUGCAGAGAGUUCUUCAAUGAGAGAAGACACAGGGUAUACUUCAAUUUUCUCUUAUAGGGAACUCCAAGAAGCUACUGAUAACUUCAGUGAGUCAAAGGAGCUUGGAGAUGGUGGCUUUGGCACUGUUUAUAAAGGCAUACUCCAAGAUGGCAGAACCGUCGCAAUAAAACGCUUAUACGGGAACAACUACAAAAGAGCCGAGCAAUUCAUGAACGAAGUUGCCAUCCUCUCCCGUCUCCGCCACCAAAACCUCGUCUCUCUUUACGGCUCCACCUCCCGCCACAGCCGUGAACUCCUCCUCGUCUACGAGUUCAUUCCCAACGGCACCGUCGCCGACCACCUCCACGGUCACCUCUACCACCGCUCCCCUCUUCCCUGGCCUAUCCGCCUCAACAUCGCCAUUCAAACCGCCACUGCUCUCACCUAUCUCCACGCCAUCCAACCUCCCAUCAUCCACCGUGACGUCAAAACUACCAACAUCCUUCUUGACCAAAACUUCAACGUCAAAGUCGCUGACUUUGGACUCUCUAGACUUGUUCCGGUGGAUGCCACUCAUGUCUCCACUGCACCGCAAGGCACACCGGGGUACUUGGAUCCUGAGUAUUACCGGUGUUAUAGACUCACUGAUAAGAGUGAUGUUUAUAGUUUUGGAGUUGUGUUAAUGGAGUUGAUCAGUUCGAAGCCUGCGGUGGAUGUGAGGAGGAGUAGGAGUGAGAUAAACUUGGCGAGCAUGACGGUGGAGAAGAUGCAGAGGAAUGAGUUGGAAGAGCUUGUGGAUUGGAGGAUGUUUGGGGAGGAGGAGGAGGAGGAGGAGGGGAAGGGGAUGAGGAUGGUGAAGGUGGUGGGGGAGUUGGCGUUUAGGUGUUUGCAAGGGGAGAGGGAUUUGAGACCGGCGAUAAAGGAAGUGUUGGAAGUGUUGGAAGGUGUGGUGAGGUUGGAGGAUGGGUUGGUGGUGGAGAGGGAUGGUGGUGGUGGUGGUGGUGGGAAGAGGGAGGGGCCGGAGUCGCCGGACACGGUGAUGGAGCCGGUUUGGAGGAGUGAGGACACCACACCGGGGACUAGUUUGUAGUGGGGUUUGAGGUUGAGGUUUUGUCUUGUUGUUAUAUAUUAUUAAUUAGUGUGUUUUGUUGUUGGAGAUUAGGAGAUAAUUGGAUGUAUAUAGAUGAGAUGAGAUGAGGUGAUCUUUUUUCUUUUUCUUUUUCUUUUUCUUUUGGUUAUAUAUAUAUAUAUAUAUAUAUAAAGUGUGAAUAAUGACACUAAUAAUGAUGAUAAUUACAGCU